AUGGCUCACAACAACGGUAGUGGUGUCAUGGACCGCGAAACGGCGAACCCGUCGCGUGCAUCAUCGAUCGAUCGAGUGUCAGUUAAAGUGUUACCGUCACCGUUCAUACCCACGGAUCCGGAGUUGUGGUUCAGGAUGCUGGAGGGCGGUUUCGUAGCUGCAGGAAUAACCCAGGACAGCACCAAAUAUGGCCACGUUAUCACAGCCCUCGACCAAAGGUAUGCUCUGGAGGUCCGUGAUAUACUUAUGAGAGAGGAACAAUCAUACGAGCUUUUGAAAACCGAAUUGAUCAAGCGCCUUGGCUCUUCGCGCGAGCAGAACACGCGCCAACUAUUAGAAAACGAGCUUCUCGAAGAUCGCAAGUCGUCGCAGUUUCUCCGACAUCUUCGCGGCCUUGCCGAUACGGAGUUUCCGGAGGACAUCUUGCAGACGCUCUGGCUGGGCCGUCUGCCUAGACAUGUCCAAGCACUCCUCGCGGCUCAUCGGGACCUCACGCUCGAUAAGCGAGCCGAUAUCGCGGAUUCGAUCGCGGACUUGUACGGCCCGGUAGGGCUCAUCGCCGAGACGACAGCCACCGCACCUCAGCCUAUCCGAGCUCACGGUGAUGAUCUAACGCGCGUGAUGACGGAGGUGGUACAGAGACUCGUAGCCAUCGAAGUCAACACCCAAGGAGCGCGUCAAUCUACUAGCGGAACCUGCGAAGCCUGCGGAAGGUCGCGCUCGCGCUCCCGAUCGCGUACGCGGUCACGCAGCCGACGUCCUGGUGCAGCUAGCGAUAUAUGCUGGUACCACUGGCAAUACGGCGAUCAGGCAAGAAAUUGCGAAAAACCGUGCAAAUACGACGACAAAUCUUCGGGAAACGAACAGGGCAGUCGCUAA